UCAUGUCACAUGGUGGCCUAGUACUUGUGUUUAUCUUACGAGACGAGAGUAUAGUGCAUUUGCACCAGCUUUCAACUAGCCAAAUACAAAUUAAGCUUGAAUAUUUUGGUUCAUUUAAGCUUGAAUAGUUUCAUCUGUAUGUGUUUGUUAUGGUAAUUAAUUGGGGAAAUCGUACACUAAUUAUUUUGUACUAAUCUGUAGUAAUAUACCUGUUUGUUAAAGGCAAAUGUCAUCGAGCAGUAGUUAUUACCGAGCGGAAAGUGAGACCAAGAAAGGGGUUACCAAUACCCCAAAACUUCUAUAUAAGCCAAGAGAUUGUUAUUGUGGGACAAGGGCUGAAAUUAAGGUUGUUGAAAAGAGUGAGAAGUCAAAAGGAGAAUUGUAUUUUAUAUGUCGUAAGGAGAGGGCAGCUCGGUGUGGGUUUUUUUACUGGUGUCUCCCUCUGGAAUGGACAAGCAGUAGUAAAAUUGGUGGUUGGGGAUUGACUGAAUAUACCAAUGUCUAUGCUUCCAAUGUCUGUGCUAACAAGGUGAUUGAUGAUGUUGUAGCCCUUGAGAAAGAUGUUAUGCUCAUUCGACAACAAUUGGAGUAUGCAAAGAUGUUGACAAAGUUUUUGGCAAUAUGCCUCGUUAUCGCGAUGGGGGUCAUCGUGUUGAAAUGAAGAUGGGAGAUGUUGUUAAAUUCAUAUUAUAGUAUGGCUAUGUGUUAGCCAAGUACUGAUGCCCAUGUUAUUUUGUAAUUUUCCAACUUUUUGUAAUUAUGAUGUUGUAUUGGGAAUUGGUAAGAUGUACCAGAAACUUAUUGUAGUUUUAAUUUAAUUCAGAGUAUGAAUGUUGGCUUGUUUAGUCGUACGUAUUACCUAUGUGUUGAACCUGAGUACCAUUUUCUUUACCUAGAAUUGUGUUAAGGCAAUUAUUUGCGAUGGUAGUAUGAAUGUUGUAUACCUACAAUACUAUGAUGAAAUAGUAGAUGAAAGAAGUAAAACAUGUGUACAGAUAUAUAAUAUUCGCAUAGGUUGCUGCCAUUAGAACUUCCCUUUGUGAUUGAUGGUCAUUGAAGGAAUCAUUUGGUUGUACCUUUUGAUUCUUGGACAAUUGUGCUUUCUUUUUUUCAGAACGUAUAAUUUUGUUUGUCCACUACUGUAGACAUGUCUUCCACUCAAACAAUGUCUUCGAGAGGAAAAAAAGUAGCAACUGUAGCUACGAAAGCCCAAUGGGAUGCACAGUCCAAAGAGUGCUUCAUCCAAGCAUGUGUAGAAGAGUUAGGAGAUGCUGGGUACAAAGAAGGAACCCAACUUACCAAGGUUGGGUGGGCCAAUGUUCUUAAGAAAUUUAAUGAACGAAGGGGAAAGAAUUAUGACAGAAGCCAACUGAAGAAUCAAUGGGGUGUUCUGAAAAAGGAGUGACAGCUGUGGCAACACUUGAUUUUAGGUGAAAGCGGGCUAGGUAGGGAUCCAGACACGGGUGCUAUUACAGCAUCAGAGGAGUGGUGGGAUCUCAAUCUAAUGCGCCAUCCUGAGUGCAUCAAGUUCAAGGAAAAGCCCUUGCCACUUGAGGAGGAAAUGCGCAUCCUGUUUGGUAGCAACACAGCUACUGGUGAGCAUAUGCACACACCUAGUUCAGGCUCAAUUCCAGCUGGCCCGAAAGAGCAUACCAUAAAUUUGGAGGUGGACAACAUUGAUGCAUUGUUGGAUGAUGAUGCUGAGGUUCAAGAGUUGGUGCACCCGCUGGAAGAUGUGUCCAAAAAGAGGCGUGUUGAUGGAUCGGCUACGAAGAAAGGCAAAGGCAAAAAGGGUACUGUGGGCUCAAGACUUGAAGCUUGCAUGCAACAAAUCUGUGACUCGACUGACAGUGCAAGUUCUCCCUCCUCCGUCCACCGUGCUGCCCCUGACAUUCCAACAAUAAAAGAAUGCAGCGAGAAGCUAUCGGUACUCCCUGAGUUUGACACAGAUCCAACGUUAUGGGCAAAAGCCCAUAACCUUUUCAGAGAUGCAAGGACGCGAACGCUUUUCAUGACUUGCCCGGACGAAAUUAGGAGGUACCACUUCAUAACCCAAGAAUUGCAAAGGGUGGAAUCAGCGGAGUUGCAGAAAAUGGGUGGUGGCAAUUGGUUCAACAAUCGGUAAGUUUAUGGCUUGCAACCUCAGUUCAUGUCAAGCCCUCUUUCAAGUGCUGUUUACUAGACUUGUGUGUUUUAAUUGUG